AUGGGCAUCGGUGGCUAUUUCAAAGCCGAUAAGGCCCAAACAUCUGGCAAUGGCAGUUCGACGCCUCAGCCUGGCCGCGCAACCACGGGUCAAAUGACGGAAAAGGGGCCCUCCAAGGCGACGAACGACAUGGAGCUUCAACCGCCUACCCCUCGCUACAAUUCUCGGCCUCAAUCCAUUUCCGGCCGGUCUACGCAUUCCAAUGGUAGCUCCAUGUUCCUCGACGACAUAAAGCACGAGGUCAUGGUCAACUACCUCUACCAGCAGCAGUGCUCUCACCUCUGGGUCAGCGACGGAUCCGGCGAGAUCGAAGGUGUGCUUCUGCGCAAGGCCAGAGGCCAGUACAUGGCCUGCCCACCGCAGCUCGGCAACUCGCCCUUCGCUCAGGCUUGCUCCGCGCUCAACGUUCAGUGCGCCAUGACCGUCAACUCUCGCGUCAUAAAGACAUUCCUCCAAUGGUCUCCCGACGCCGUCGACGUCCCUCUGAUGAACGGUCUCAGAGUUCAGAUCCUCCCCACUGUUGAGGAUCUUCCCAGAGCGAGAAAGCAUCAGUUCGCCGCUUUCAUUGCCGCCGAAGGUCUUCUGGUUGUCUGGGAUGACGAUGCCCUGCACCUGGUUCAGAGAGCCAAGGCGAUCGAGUCGGAGCUCAUGGAGCUAGUCUGGAAAGCUGGUGCUGAGGAUGAAGAGGGCGACGAGAAGAAGGGCCCCAACGCUGUCGAAUACGAGAUCGACGAGGAGAGUGGUGAGAUCAAGCCUGAGAGCAGACCUGUCCAUCUUCUCAACACCUACUUGGUGUCCUUGACGCUCGUCAUCGUCGUUGUUUCUCUCGGCGCCGCCUGGAGACAACUCGCCAUAGAGGUUUCCGUCGAUGGAGAGUACCUGCGCCUGGUCCUUGUUGCUCUGUUUCCGCUCCAGAUCUUCUUCACCCUCUUCUUCGCUCAGGUUAUUGUUGGUUGUUUGGCUCAGAUCUUCGGACCCAUCCGUCAGUUGACCAUCAACUCCAAGUUCUACUCGGCUCGGCCUCCCCCGAGGCUGCAGGGCUCGAUCCUGCCCCACGUUACUGUCCAAUGCCCAGUGUACAAGGAGGGUCUCGCUGGUGUCAUUGUACCUACGGUCAAGUCCAUCAAGCAGGCCAUGUCCACUUACGAACUUCAAGGUGGCUCCGCCAACAUGUUCAUGAACGACGACGGCCUCCAGUUGAUCUCCGAAGAGGAGCGCCGCGCACGUAUCGAGUUCUACGCUGACAACAGCAUUGGCUGGGUUGCGCGUCCCAAGCACGGCGAGAAUGGAUUCACCCGCAAGGGCAAGUUCAAGAAGGCGUCCAACAUGAACUUUGGCCUGAUGAUCUCCUGCAAGGUCGAAGAGAAGCUUCAGGCCAUCAACCGCCCCGCUGAAUGGACCCAACAUGAUGAAGCCCAGGCCUAUGAGCAUGCACUGAAAGAUGUUCUCGAGCAAGAUGGCCGUGCCUGGGCCGACGGUAACAUCCGUGUCGGUGACUACAUCCUCAUCAUCGAUUCCGAUACUCAGGUCCCUGCCGACUGCUUCUUGGACGCCGUGUCUGAGAUGGAGCAAUCUCCCGACGUCGGUAUCAUGCAAUUCUCUUCUGGUGUCAUGCAGGUCGUCCACACGUAUUUCGAGAACGGCAUUACCUUCUUCACCAACCUGAUCUACAGCGCCAUUCGAUACACCGUCUCCAACGGUGAUGUUGCCCCUUUCGUCGGUCACAAUGCCAUUCUCCGCUGGAGUGCCAUCCAGCAGGUCGGCUAUUUCGAUGAGGAUGGCUACGAGAAGUUUUGGUCAGAGUCGCACGUGUCCGAGGACUUUGAUAUGUCGCUCCGUCUCCAGUGCCAAGGCUAUAUCAUUCGCUUAGCUGCUUGGGCCGGCGAGGGUUUCAAAGAGGGUGUGUCUCUUACCGUGUAUGACGAGCUUGCGCGCUGGGAGAAGUAUGCCUACGGCUGCAACGAGCUUCUCUUCCAUCCUAUCCGCACCUGGCUUUGGAGAGGCCCCUUUACCCCCCUGUUCCGCAAGUUCCUGUUCAGCAACAUUCGUUUCACCUCCAAGAUCACCGUCGUCUCGUACAUUGGCACUUACUAUGCCAUCGGUGCUGCUUGGAUCAUGACCUCCGUCAACUACUUCCUCAUGGGCUGGUACAACGGAUAUCUUGACAAGUACUACGUCGACUCGUGGCAGGUCUGGUUCUCCAUCAUCAUCGUCUUCAACGGUCUUGGCAACGUCGCUCUGGCCAUCAUGCGUUACCGCCUCGGCGAGAAGAGCUUGCUGGGGGCCUUUUGGGAGAACAUCAAGUGGACAUUCCUCCUCGCCAUUUUCCUCGGAGGCCUGAGUCUGCACGUCAGCCAGGCUCUUCUGGCUCAUAUGUUUGAGAUUGACAUGACUUGGGGCUCAACCUCGAAGGAAGCCGAAUUUUCCAACUUCUUCAUCGAGGUGCCAAAGGUUCUGAAGAAGUUCAAAUUCUCCAUGCUGUUCUCAUGCAUCUUCAUUGCCGGCAUGAUCAUCUUGGCCGUUGCGCCCUUCGUCCCCUACGACUGGCGCAUCACCGACUUCGUCGCCAUCCUGCCCAUGGCCACUGUCUCGGCCAGUCACUUGCUCCUGCCCAUCGCACUCAACCCUGCGCUCAUGACCUUCUCAUGGUAA